AUGGAUAAAUAUUUGCUUCUCAUUUUAUUUCUCACAUUCAUUUCAAAUAUGCAAAAAAUUAAUUGUACCGUUAAUGAAAAAUGGUACAAAUAUCAUAAUCAACAUGAAUUAGAAACAAUUCUAAUUAAUAUUAAUAAGCAUUGUUCAAACUUUACCACCAUUUAUUCCAUUGGUAAAAGUGUUAAUGGUAAUGAUUUACUUGUGAUUCAUUUUUCAACAACACCUGGACAACAUGAAAUGUUAAAACCAGAAAUGAAAUAUAUUGGAAAUAUGCAUGGUAAUGAACCUAUUGGAAGAGAAUUACUAUUACGUCUUGCAUCAUACUUUUGUGAUCAACUUUUGGCAAAAAAUAAGGAAAUUAUGGCACUUAUCAAUUCCACAUCAAUUCAUUUAUUGCCAUCAAUGAAUCCGGAUGGAUUUGAACGUGCACUUUCCACCGAAAGUAAUGCUCGUGAUUGGUUUACCGGUAGAUCUAAUGCAAAUGGUGUUGAUUUGAAUCGAGAUUUUCCGGAUCUUGAUGGUUUCUAUUACUAUUUGGAACGACAUAAUAUACCACGUUUUGAUCAUCUUCUGGAAUUGUUCGGUGAUGAGGGAAAAGAAUAUCAACCAGAAGUACGAGCUGUUGGCAAAUGGAUUCUUUCUUUGCCAUUUGUUUUAUCAGCCAAUAUGCAUGAAGGUGAUUUAGUGGCUAAUUAUCCGUUUGAUUCUGCUCGAAUUCCAAACAGCAAUGAAUAUUCUAUAAGUCCUGAUGAUGAAACAUUCCGAUACCUAGCAGAGAGUUAUGCAAGCAAACAUGCUCAAAUGGCAAAAAAUGAUCAUCCACCCUGUGAUGGAACUGUUACUGAUGCAUUUGCGCGGCAAGGUGGAAUAACAAAUGGCGCAAAAUGGUAUUCUGUUUCGGGUGGCAUGCAAGAUUUCAAUUAUUUGGCAACAAAUGCAUUUGAAAUAACAUUGGAAUUAUCGUGUGAAAAAUUUCCGGAUAGCACAUUGUUACCGAAAUUUUGGGGAGAUAAUAAGGAGGCAUUGAUUGAUUUUAUUCGGAAGGCUCAUAUUGGAAUCAAAGGUAUCGUAACAGAUAAAAUUACCGGACAGCCAAUACCAGAAGCUAUUAUAUGGGUAAAAAAUAGCACCGAAAUUACUCCAAUCAAACAUCCUGUUACAUCCUGGAAAACUGGUGAAUAUUUCCGUUUACUUACUCCAGGAUAUUACGAAAUUUACGUAACAGCGGAUGGCUACCAAUCAACAUUCAAACAAGUAAAUGUUACAAAUGGCAGCCAAACAUCAGCAAAGAUUGUAAACUUUGCUCUAAUGCCGGAACAAUCAAAGGAAUAUGAUGUACCACAGGAUGAAAUUUUAAACGAGGUGGAAGAGUAA